AUGCCUGCUUCGUCGAUCAUCCUGCUUUUCUCUGUCGCGCUGGGCGUGAGCAACGCGCUUCCCUGGCCAGGACCUCAGCCUACAAAUGCAUACCAGCCUGAUGCUUGGUCGCCAGUGCCGACUAGAAUACCAGCAGAUCCUGCGAAUUUGUUCAAGAGGAGCUCUGUGGAUGUGAAUGUUUGCGGAUGGAUUGGGGGAAAUUUGGGACAGCCUGUCCAGUGCGCGAGCGGUUCGUCGUGUAUACAUGAUACCAUACAUGGGUAUGUGGGGUGCUGUACUACAUCCGGAGCUUGCACGAGUGGUGUCUAUACAAGUUGUGUGAAUAGCCAGUCUUCAGCAUGGAAUCAGAAUUCGGGCCUGGCAGAUAGUGGCAUCUACACAUGUACGGGCUCUUCAGUAUGCUAUCGAAACACUUACCCAGGAGGAUAUUACCAAUAUAGCUGUGGCUCAUCAUGGGAAGCUACAUCGAUUUUAACGUCAUAUUACGGACAACCUUCAAGUGUGUUUCUCCAAAUCGUUUAUACGGGAGUAAACUCCACACCCACGACCUCUGCAACUACCACCUCGAGCCUAUCCACAACCCCCGCCCCGACAAGUAACGUCUCUCCCACCACUACACCAACAAACACGCCCUCUCCUCCCCCCAAAAAGAAUAUUGGUGCAAUAACAGGCGGUACAAUCGGCGGCGUCGCCUUCCUGGCAGCCCUCCUAGCACUGGCCUUCUUCCUCUACAGACGCCACCAAUCCAGGCACCACUACCGCGCCGGCCCCUUCAUCAGCAGCCACAACUCCUCCGUGAGCCAACCCCCCGCCAGCGGGCCCUUCCAACGCAUCGGCAACCCUUCUUACGACACCCCAGACGACUUCAUGCAGCACCGCUCUGGCCUGACAACCACCGUAACCACCAUCACCGCUGGCCCUCACCAUCAUCCGCAUCCUGGGACUUUAGUUUUCCCCGAUACAUACGCAUACGCUGGGGCAGCGGACCCACACCAUCCGUAUACGAAUGCGCCGCAUACGCCGUAUUUCCCACCUAAUCGCCAAUCCCAGGACUCCCAGGAACGAGACUUAGCUACGAGGGAGGAGACACCGUUAGUUGGUUCAGGGGGAGGAAGCGAGAUCGACGAUUUCUCACGCGGUUUCAACAAUGCGAUUGCGGAACGACUGCGAGACGGGGAUUUGGGUCGCGAUACACUUAUCAGUUCCGGCGUUUUGCCGGGCGGGAUCGGCGGCACGGGCAUCGGGAUGGGCAUUACCGGCUUGACGGGGAACUAUCGAACUGAAGAUAGGGAGGCGAGGAGUGAGGCGUUCAGGGAACGGAUGGGAGAGAGGAUCACACCGCUGGGAUCAAAUCCCGUGAGGGGGUUUAGUUUUGAUGUUGUUGAUGCUGGAAGACGUAGUGGGGAGGGGGAAGAGGAGUUUGGCGGUCCGCCGAUGGAGUUGAGGGAGAGUAGGUUGGUUGCGGGGUUUGGCGGUGCGGUAGGGAGGACAGCGGAGGAUGAGGCGCGGCCGAGGUAUCAGCUUGAUGAGGUUAUUGGGGAGGAUGUGCCGAUUCUGCAUAGUCCGGGCCAGUUGAGGCAUCAAAGGCGGAAGAGCCGUGAGGAGUAG